AUGCAACUUGUAAAUAUUAUAGAUUGUGUAGAUGUGUGUCUGUUAUUUACGGAGAUAUUUGGAUUAUUUUUGAAAAUACAUAUUUUUAAGAGACGAGUAAAUUUACUUAUCCUGUUGGAGUUGAGUCAAAUGAAAAUUCGGUGCAAAAGAAAAUCGUUUUCCAGCUGCAUUCGGACAGCACAACAGGUCAAAACUCUGGCCCUAACAACAUCCACCUCUAUCCAACCUUCGUUUCACAACUGUCUUGUUCAUUUCACAUGGGAACAAGCUUUUACAGGAGGUGCAUCCCAUUGCUACUUAUUUAUAAUAGGGAGACUAUCUUUGCUGUUCCCUGAUUCCAUGAUAUUCCCUCCUAAAAUGUCGUUUCUAAGGUUGGUUAAAAAUCAUCCCCUGUGGUUCAAAAAAUAUUGUGGGCAUGUAAUUUCUUAUCUGGAGAUCGUAGAGAAGUUUGAAGACUUUGUCUUUUACUUGAUUACACCUACUUACCUCAGUGAUUGUUAUUUAUUGUUACAAAAACGUGGUAUGACGGCAUUACUUAAUGCAAAUGAAAGUAAAGAAAGAGAGACAGAGGGAAAAGUUGAGUUCUCCUUUUUUAUGGCUCCAAUGCAUACGAUCAUGGAAAUUAGCUUUUUAUUGAAAAGCUUUUUAAGGGUAAUAAAUUCAUAUUUUGUGAUUUACUUUCCGUUUAUUCAACUAUUAAAUUGGCAGAAAAAUUUGGCAAAAUCUAGAGAUUUAGGUUGUCUGCAAUAA